AUGAGCAGGAGAGCGAGGAAACUGACGGUGAAUGAUAUUCCUGAAGAGAGGAAUACAAAUCCAUACUUCAGUUACUCUAAGUUAAAUAGAGCGAUUAGCAACGGUGACUUGAAGUACGUGACCAGUCAUUUGAACCAAAAUACAGUCAAUGAACUCAUAGGGGAGAAUGAAACCCCUCUCCUCGUUGCUCUCAGCUGUGGGAAUAGAGCGAUGGUGGAGACGGUCUUAAACCUUCUGAGCAAUAACGUUAAGGAUCUUCGUCAAAUUCAUUUCCGAGGCGGCUGGACACCUCUUGGUGUCGUAAUCGGCAACGACCAAUUGGGUAUUGCAGAAGCAUUGGUGGAGAAGUACCCGGAUCUCCCAAACAUCCCCGUUUCCGACGACGGCACCCUACCGGUUACUGCAGCGGCGCAGCUGUCGAGAAAAGAAAUCGCUCGAUUUCUUUACAAGAAGACAUCUGCCCAGUCUUUGCAAGAUUCCGACUCCUAUCAAGCCUCGAAGCUUCUCGGGCAUGCCAUUGAGCACGGAAUGAUCGAUAUCGCCUUGGCGAUGCUCAGUGACACUAAGCAUUACUCUCUAGUCGUUGACAAGAACAAGUUGAAAACGGGGCCAAUGGCGGUGCUAGCCUCACGCUCCGAUCUAUUACAGAUUCCCCAAAAUCUGGGAUAUUUUAGGGCGUUUGUCUACUCGUGCAUACAACUGGACUUCUCCGUUUCACCUAAUGUUGGUUAUAAAGGCAUAGAACUGGACUUCACAAAUCGAAGGACCGACCAAGACGUAUCUAAGCUCCUACCCUUUCCCCCAUCCGUUUGCAAAAAACUCCUAGAAUUCAUCCCGAGCUAUCUUUCCAAGGAAUUGUAUUUGCUAAAAUACACGAACUGGGAAGCUCGGGAGCUUCUCCAGAGCAUGACGGAGCAGCUGGUGGCGAAGGGGAGAGAAGACCUAAUCAAGAACGGCAUUGGCGAAGCCAUCUAUGAAGCCGUCAGGAGCGAGAACCGAGUUUUCCUGGAGAAGGUUUUGAAGUGGAAUCCAACGCUUCUGUGGAACUGCGAUAACGUCUUGAAGGAGAAUCUGCUCGGACUGGCUGUGGUCUUCGAGAAGGCAGAGAUAUUCAAUCUCUUCUACGGGCUAGACUGCAGGCGAGAGCUCCUGCUCAUCAGGCGACCGCACAACGAAGAAGAAGAAGAAGAAGAAGACACCAUCCUCGAUAUCGUGGCUCGGCGUCCGACUGAGUGCAUCUAUCACAUGGCCACUCCUCUGCAGCUCCAGCAGAAGCUGCAGUGGUUCAAGGAAGUUGAGGCUCUUGUCCCGGAGUCAAAGAGAAGAAGACCGUGGAAGAAGUUCCAAGAAAAUUACGAACCCAUGCGAAAGGAAGCGGAAACAUGGAUGAAAGGAGUGGCCAGCUCCUGCAGCGUCGUCGCAAUUCUCAUAGCCACUAUAACUUUCCAGGCCGUUUUCACCGUUCCGGGGGGUAUGAAGUCGGAGUUAGGUGAGCCGCUCAAACUCACGGACCCUUCCUUCCUGACUUUUGUGAUCAGCGAUGUCUUGGCAUUCUUCUGCUCGUGCACCGCCACCUUCGCAUUCCUUGGAAUUCUCACGGAGAGGCAUUUGAUUGAAGAUUUCAUGAGGAGGCUUCCCAAGAUGAUGAUCAUCGGAAAACUGGCCCUGUUCUUCUCCGUGGUGCUGAUGAUCGUGGCCUACUGCACCGCCGUCUUCACGGGUAUACACUGUGCAGUUUGGGUCAUUGCCUGUACAGUGGCUGUGGCCUGUGUUCCCGUUGGCGUCUUCCUCAGAUUGCACUCCCUACAUCUCAGAGACAUGAUCAUUUCGACGUUUGUAAUCACUAUAAUCUCCUGCGCCGACCAAGUCGAGGCCUUUCCGAUUCAACAAUCCACAGCUCUCAAGUCUCAAAUCCCCAACCUCAAGCAAAGCCAAAGCUUCCUAUCACGAUCGCACACCAUUGAAGCCGAGCGGGAAUUCAAAAUCGACGGGGUCAGUUGUUCAACGGCAGAGUGGCGACUGGAGGUUUACGCCGGCCAUGGAAAUUCGAAGUCGCGGCGGCCGGAGGCGGAGCAUCUUCGGUUUUGCGUGAGAUUAGAGUGGAGGAAUCUAAUUCGUCUGCCUGGUGACACGUGUCAAAUCGUCGAAGAUAUCUCUCUGGUGUUGUUGCUGUGCCUCAGCCUAACUCACCUAAUUGCCCCUGUGACGAAGAUGAGCAAAGUUCCGGUAAGAAUCGUAGGGAUUCUUCUGUGGCUAUGUGUGUGGGUUUGUAACGGAGAAGGAGAGUAUGUGCUGUACAAGGAUCCGAAACAGAAGGUGUCAGAUCGAGUUAUGGAUUUGUUCGGUAGAAUGACUCUGGAAGAGAAGAUUGGUCAGAUGGUUCAGAUUGAUAGAAGUGUUGCCAGUGUUAACAUAAUGAGAGAUUACUUCAUCGGCAGUGUAUUGAGUGGUGGUGGGAGUGCUCCACUUCCUGAGGCAACUGCUCAGAAUUGGGUUGAUAUGAUAAAUGAGUAUCAGAAGGGAGCUCUAGUGAGUCGUUUGGGCAUUCCUAUGAUAUAUGGUAUUGAUGCCGUUCACGGGCAUAACAAUGUCUAUAACGCUACUAUCUUCCCUCACAAUGUUGGUCUUGGAGCCACCAGGGAUCCUGAUCUGGUUAAGAGGAUUGGAGCAGCAACUGCAGUCGAAGUCAGAGCCACUGGAAUUCCAUACACGUUUGCUCCUUGCAUUGCAGUUUGUAGAGACCCCAGAUGGGGUAGGUGUUAUGAGAGCUACAGCGAGGAUCACAAAGUCGUGGAAGACAUGACGGAUGUCAUACUUGGUUUACAAGGAGAGCCUCCUGCCAACCAUAAGCAUGGAGUUCCAUUCGUUGGUGGCAAGGACAAAGUGGCAGCAUGUGCCAAGCAUUUCGUGGGAGAUGGUGGGACAACUAGAGGAAUUAACGAGAACAACACGGUGGCUGAUUUACACGGUCUUCUCAGCGUUCACAUGCCUGCUUAUGCUGAUGCAAUUUACAAGGGUGUUUCCACAGUGAUGGUUUCGUAUUCGAGCUGGAAUGGCGAGAAGAUGCAUGCAAAUACUGAGCUCAUUACAGGGUAUCUCAAGGGUACCCUGAAGUUCAAGGGUUUUGUUAUUUCGGAUUGGCAAGGCGUUGAUAAGAUUUCCUCACCACCGCAUUCGCACUACACAGCUUCCGUCCGAGCUGCAAUUCAAGCUGGCAUUGAUAUGGUCAUGGUCCCCUUCAACUUCACCGAGUUUGUCAAUGAUCUUACGUCCUUGGUGAAGAGCAAAGUAAUGCCUAUCUCCCGGAUUGAUGAUGCCGUCAAGAGAAUCCUGCUUGUCAAGUUCACCAUGGGUCUUUUUGAGAACCCUUUGGCUGAUUACAGCUUUUCCAAUGAAUUAGGAAGCCAGGCACACAGAGACUUGGCAAGGGAGGCUGUUAGGAAAUCUCUUGUGCUGCUGAAAAACGGGAACAAAACCAAUCCUAUGCUCCCUCUUCCCAGGAAGACCUCAAAGAUCUUAGUCGCUGGCACUCAUGCUGAUAAUUUAGGUUAUCAGUGUGGUGGUUGGACCAUAACUUGGCAAGGAUUCAGUGGUAACAAGAACACAAGAGGGACUACGAUUCUUGGCGCUGUAAAAUCAGCUGUUGAUCAGAGCACUGAAGUUGUCUUCCGUGAAAAUCCAGAUGCGGAAUUCAUCAAAUCGAACAACUUUGCAUAUGCAAUCAUUGCUGUUGGCGAACCUACAUAUGCAGAGACAGCUGGAGACAACGACAAGCUAACCAUGUUGGAUCCAGGUCCAGCCAUUGUUAGCUCCACUUGUCAGGCUGUCAAAUGUGUGGUUGUGGUUAUUUCAGGGAGACCACUUGUGAUGGAACCAUACAUUGCCUCUAUCGAGGCAUUGGUUGCAGCGUGGCUACCAGGAACAGAAGGCCAAGGUAUCACUGAUGCUCUCUUUGGGGACCAUGGCUUCACUGGAAAACUUCCUGUUACAUGGUUCAAGAACACAGAGCAGCUGCCUAUGAGCUAUGGAGAUGCACAUUAUGAUCCGCUCUUUGCUUACGAUUAUGGUCUUGAAACUGAGUCUGUUGCGAGCAUUGUUGCUAGGUCAACCUCAGCUGCUGCUGCCGGCACAAAGCCUUGCUUAAUCACAGUCCUUAUUUCUGCUACAUUUUGUCUGUUUCUCUUUCCAAGCUUAAACCAAGUUUUGAGAAGAUGA